GCCCGGAGCUGCGGGCAGCUGGCGGACUGUUAAACCGCGGCGGCGGCGGCGGCUGGGGCGGGAGCGGGACGCGCUCUGGAUGCGAGUCAGCGGCGCCCCGGGUUGGGGGAGGCGGGCGGGCAGCUAGAGAUCACCUCAGCAGCCCCCACCACAGCCGGACCGAAGGUGCGGCGGCGGAGGGGAGCCAGGGCGCCCCAGCAGGUUUGCAGUAAUUAUCUGCAGGAUUCGCCAUGACCCCAGCUCUGAGGGAGGCAGCAACAAAGGGUAUCUGCUUUUCAUCUUUACCAAGUACCAUGGAGUCGGACAAGAUGCUAUGCAUGGAAGGUCCAAGAACUGUAGAUGAAAAGCUAAAAGGAGACACUUUCUCUCAGAUGCUGGGAUUUCCAACUUCUGAACCUACUCUUAGCACUAAUUUUGUGAAUUUAAAACAUUUUGGCUCCUCUCAGUCUUCAAAACAUUACCAGACUGUUCUUUUAAUGAGUUCUAAUGCUACAUUAAAUAAAUACAGUGAGAAUUAUAAACAAAAGAAAUUAGGGGAACCCCACUGCAAUAAGCUGAAAAACAUACUGUGUAAUGGCAGCAACAUUCAGCUCAGUAAAAUCUGUCAUUCUCGUUCUGAAGAGUUCAUCAAAAAGGAACCUCUGUCAGAUACCACGAGUCAGUGCAUGACAGAUGUACAAAUUAUUCUGGAUUCAAAUAUAACCAAAGACACUAAUGUAGGUAAAGGACAACUGAAAAACUGUAAGUGGUACCAAAAGAAUGCACUUUUGGAUAAAGUUAGUGACGCUGAGAUUAAAAAGGGUUUAUUGCACUGUGCUCAAAACAAAAUUGGGCCUGACCACUCACACGUGCCUAUUAGUUUCUCAACUGCUGAAAAAGAGGAGGAAGUGAGUGCUCGUUUACUUCACUGUAUAAGCAAACAGAAAAUUUUACUUAGCCAGGCUAGAAGAACUCAGAAACAUUUGCAGAUGCUCCUGGCAAAGCAUGUUGUUAAGCACUAUGGUCAGCAAAUGAAAUGUUCUAUGGAACAUCAACUCCCCAAAAUGAAGAUUUUUCAUGAACCUACCACAAUUUUGGAUAACAGUUUACCUAAAUGCACUGAAAUUAAACCAGACACCAACUUAUUGACUGCAGAGAAUAAAUUGUGGAAUGAUACAAAAAAUGGCUUUGCACAGUGUACAGCUGCAGAAAUCCAAAGAUUUGCACUGUCUGCUACAGGGCUGUUGUCUCAUGUUGAAGAGGGUCUGGAUUCUGAUGCAACUGAUAGCAGCUCUGAUGACGAUUUGGAUGAAUAUACCAUUAGAAAAAAUGUGUCCGUUAACUGUAGUACUGAAUGGAAGUGGCUUGUAGACAGAGCAAGAGUUGGCAGCCGUUGGACGUGGCUUCAAGCCCAGAUUUCAGAGCUCGAAUACAAAAUCCAACAACUAACGGAUGUUCACAGGCAGAUUCGUGCCUCCAAGGGGAUAGUGAUCCUAGAAGAAUGUCGACUUCCAAAAGACAUUUUGAAAAAGCAAAUCCAAUUCACAGACCAAGCUGCUUCAUUAAACACUACAGGGAAUCCCCAGAUUCCUCAGGAGAGUCAAGAUCCUUUACCAGAGCAAGAUUUUGAAAUGUCACCAAGUAGCCCUACACUACUUCUUCGCAAUAUAGAAAAACAGAGUGCACAGUUGACUGAGAUCAUCAGCAGUUUGAUUGCCCCUCUCAACUUGUCCCCAACGUCAUCACCCCUCUCCUCUAAAUCCUGUAGCCGUAAAUGUCUGGCUAAUGGCAUUUCCAGGAGUGCUUCAGAGAAUUUAGAUGAGCUCUCUUCCUCCAGUAGCUGGUUACUUAACCAGAAGCACAGUAAGAAAAGGAGAAAAGACAGGACAAGACUGAAAUCUCCAUCCUUGACUAUCAUGAGUACAGCAGCUCGAACAAGGCCACUUCAGAGUUUCCACAAACGAAAACUCUACAGAUUGAGCCCUACUUUUUACUGCACUCCGCAGACUUUGCCUUCAAAAGAAACAAGGUUUUUAAAUACUACACAAAUGCCUUGCCUGCAAUCAUCUUCAAUUUGGAGUAGCUGUGAACACAAUUCAAAGUCUCAAAUAUUAACAGAACAUGUAUCAGAGUUAGAUUCUUCUUUCCAUUCCGUUCUAUCAUUGCCAUCAGAUGUGCCUCUUCAUUUUCACUUUGAAACAUUGUUAAAAAAGACUGAAAUAAAAGGAGAUCUUUCUGAAAAUAAAUUUGUAGGAGACUGUAUCAUAUCUCCAUCACCUGUACAUAAUACUUCUCUGAAUCAAUGGAGAAAUGGAUAUUCUCCUAUAUGCAAGCCUCAAAUGAGGUCAGAAUCUUCUGCACAGCUGUUACAGGGAAGAAAGAAAAGACACUUGAGUGAAACAGCAUUAGGAGAAAGAACUAGAUUUGAAGAAUUUGCUAUUCAACGCACAGAACCAGGAUCCCAGAGCAAUUUUACUGCAGUUACUAAUGUCAAUGUUAUAUCAAGAACCCAGAAUUCAUCAUCACAAAAUACUGCACGACGACGAUUGCGAAGUGAGAGCUCUUAUGAUAUAGAUAAUAUUGUGAUUCCCAUGUCAUUAGUGGCCCCAGCUAAAUUAGAGAAACUCCAAUAUAAGGAAAUAGUUACUCCAAGCUGGAGGAUGGUUGUUCUUCAGCCUCUGGAUGAAUAUAAUUUGGGUGAAGAAGAGGUAGAAGACCUCUCUGAUGCAGUCUUCUCCCUAAGACACAAAAAAUAUGAAGAGAAAGAGCAAGCCCGAUGGUCACUAUGGGAGCAAAGCAAGUGGCAGAGAAGAAACAGCAGAGCUUACAGUAAAAAUGCAGAAGGACAGGACUUGCUUCUGAAAGAACACCCUAACGACUUCAGCGGUGGGCAGCACGGCGCUGCUCAGAGUCCCGCCGAGCCUCCUGCAGAGAGCCAGGACCCCGGUGCACACGCCUCCCCUUCACUCAGUCAGAGUCAAGAGAUCAAGUCUUUGUGGUGGGAACGACGGGCUUUUCCGCUGAAAGAUGAAGACAUAGCAGCCUUAUUAUGCCAAGAUGAAAAAAGUGAUCAGAUUGAAAGAUCAAGCCCAGCUUUCCACGGUGAAGUCUUCUGUACCAGUGCACCAGAGAACGGCCACCAUCCACAAAGGCAGGCGGAUGGAAGGGAGGAACACAAAACCCUUGGUCUAGGACUUCUCAACUCACGUUAAGAAAAAUCAGUGACAGGGAACAGGUUAAGAAAACUAUGUAACUGAAUGGGAAAACAGGAGAAAAAAUAAGCCCUGUUCCCCCACCCCCUCCACAGUCACAAUUCCAGAGUAACAGCAUGUAGUGCAGGUGCAUGUAUUAAUCUUUUGUGCUGUUUAUGAAACAGGCAAGUUACGUCUCAUUUUCCUUCCUGAACCACAGGAGUAACUAGCUUUUCACCUACAGACAAGUGCUAGUCAUUUGUGUUUGAUGCAGAUCACAAGCACCAGAAAAUUAACUGCUGCAAUUUGAUGUCAAAUCACAUUACUGGGUAAAUAAUAAUUUUUAAACAACUUAUACCCACACCCACAUAUACCUAUGCAUCAAAUGACAGCUCUUCUUUUUCUAUACACGUGGUUAUUCUUUAAAUUGCCUCAGAAAUAUAUUAAGAAUAUAAAAUACAUGUGUAUAGAGUAUACAUGCAUACAUAUACACACAUAUAGUUUUAAAAAACACUGGCAACUGACCACUCCACUUGAAAAUGCACGUAUGAACUACCCCAUGAAAUAUCAGCUGAACCAUAAAUAAAGAAACACAGAUUUCCAAUGGUGUUGAACAUCUAUAAGCCUUGACUAUGGAGAAGGAAUUUUUUUUAAAAAACACGUUUAACCAAUAGAAGUUAUUUAUGGAAAUUUCUAUACCAGAUAACACAAUACUCCUUUAUUUGAAAUCACUGAUACCUGUUGGGUUAAACACACGUUAUUUUCUAGUCACUCCUAACAGAAUAAGAAAAGCAAAGUAGUUGUUAAAUAUUGUUGUAUUUUAAAACUACCACACCUUUUAAAACUCAACUUGAGUUUUAUCUAUUUUAUGUAUCUCAUGAAGAGAAAACACCCAACUUAAAAUAAGCAACAGACAGGAAAUUCCUGUUAGUAUAUUAUUGUACUUUUAGUUAUUUUGGUCAUUCCCUACCAUUCCUUACUCUAUUCAAAUAAGCAUCUAUCCUAGAGUGAGAAUUAAAAUUCUUAAAAGGUUAAUGCUUCAAUAUUGGAUACUGGAGUGUACAUUAAGUAAAAUUCCUUUUGACACUAUUACAUCAUUUUUUAUAUGUAAAAUGAGGACAAUUUAUAUGAAUCACUUUUUCUCAUGUAAAAAAGGUUAUUCAAGUUGUAGUACCCAUAUAACUGACAAUCCUAGCCAACUGGCCUAAUCUGGGGGAUCGGACACUAAGUUUUUGUUGGGGAUUAGAAAUUGUACUAGUCCCUUUAAAGAAGAAGAAAAAAAUUUCCAAUUCAAUGCUGACAAAUUUUUGCUUGUAGUUUUACUAUACAUUUAUAUUUUAAAAAAGAAAACAAAAGCCAGAACAAACCCAAGUUGUCCAGGCAAAUAAACUCAGAUUUUUUUUGUCAUGACUGAUAUUAUAAUCUUCUAUGUAAGUUUUUUUAAUUAAAGUUAUUUCUGUA